AUGUGUAUUGUGUACACGAAGGGCCUGCUCACAGUUGAUGAACAGCGUCAAUACUACUUGGAUAACCUUGGCACGAGCCUUGCUCUGCCUCAGAACGCCACACUGGUACGUGGUCAGGAAAUGCGUUGUCCGGCGUGCAAUCGUCCAAAUGAAGAAACAUGCUUUGAGGAGAAGAUUAAGCGACAAGGAAUCUACGUGCAAACAUACAAUCCUCCAACUGAACCUGAUGAUGACCGUCUGGAUGGUAACGUGCGGUCUCGAUGCUACUACGCUAUGAUGCGUUGCUCAGCUAAAAACAGAUCUUGCUUGAGCUCUAUGGGUCCGGAGAGCUAUGACGAUAGCGAUGCUCUGAACGAUAGCGUGUACAACCCACUCGAAGCACUCAACGCAUGCAUCACAUGCGGAGUACAUUGCCAUCGGAUAUGCGCUGGACCACCAUGGUCCACCUACACCCCUGAGGAUGAAGGCGACGAGGAAAAAUGGCAAUGCGAGGACUGCAGGUGA